AUCAUUCUUUAACAAAAAAAGAGAGAGAUAGAAUGUUGAGAAGAAAGCCAACAAAAAUCGAAGUCAAAUUAGAAGACAAAGAAGAACUCCAACAACUCCAAUCUCGCUACACCACCCCUUCUUCCACCUCCAAUACCGCCACCACCUCCGCCGCCGAAACUACCACUACCACUCUUCUCCAACACUUCGAUCGCUCUUCCUCCAAACCCCAACGCAUCGGUCUCUCUUCCCCUUAAUUCCCCUAAAAUGGAAGUGGAAGUCAAGCUAAGGCUCCCCGAUUCCGCCGCUCACCAGUCUCUCUCAACCGUCCUAUCGCCGUUCCUCCGCCGAACCCACUUCCAGCACAAUGUCUUCUUCGACGGGGCUGCCUCCGAGCUCUCCUCCCGUCGCGCUGUUCUCCGUUUACGUUUCUACGGCGAAGAUCCUGAGACAGCAGAACGCUGCGUUUCGAGCCUAAAAGCUAAAGCUGUCCUUGUCAAUGGGGUUAGCAGAGUUGAGGAAGAUGAGGAAGAGAUUGACCCCUUUUUAGGACGGGAGAUUUGCGCCAACCCGAAUCUAAUUGGGUCGUCAGAGUCCAGGGUUUUGAAGAGGGUGAGAGAAGAAUUCGGGGUUAAGGAAAGUGGGUAUGUUUGUUUAGGAGGGUUUAAGAAUAUAAGAGGGGUUUAUGAAUGGAAAGGCUUGGAAUUGGAGGUGGAUGAGACACUUUUCGAUUUUGGGACUUUGUAUGAGAUUGAAUGUGAGAGUUCCGAGCCCGAGAAAGCUAAGGAGAUGAUUGAAGAGCUCUUGAAGGAUAAUGGGAUCCCUUAUUCUUGUUCUAAGAUGUCAAAAUUUGCGAUUUUCCGAGCCCGGGAGCUCCCAUUGCUCUGAUCCAAGUAAAAUACAGAAUCUACAUGGUGGCUUUUCAUUGAAAAACGAUCCAUCCUAAGCAUAGAAACUUGAGCAUCAGCAGAAGGAUGCAGCAUCAGCAUUUAGCAGGCUGACAUAUUUUCUGUAUUUUGUCUUUUUGCCGUUUUAUUUCUGUCGUAAAUGAUGAUUAGCAAUCAUUAGCUGGCACAAACUCUUAGGUUAAACGAGUGUGCCUAUUUAUUGUAAUGGCUUUGAGAAUAAAAAGCAUAUUUUUCUCUCAAAUAUUAUUGCAGUAUAUUUAACUUCCUCACAUAUGUGAUA